AUAAUGCCAUGAAUGAAGAUGGCAGCUGCAGUGCGUGCGUGAGAGAGAGAGAGAGAGAGAGAGAGAGAGAGAGAGAGAGAGAGAGAGAGAGAGGGAAAAGAGACAGUGAGAGAGAGAGAGAUGGGCAAAGAAGCAACUGUCAUGGUUGGUGGGCAUGGCCAGAACAGCUACAUGCACAAUUCCAUUCACCAAAGGACCAGGUACGACACUGUAGUGAACAUGGUGGAAGAGGUGAUCCAUGAAAGGCUUCAUAUCCCAACUAAAGGAGGCACCAUUCGAGUUGCUGAUUUGGGCUGUUCAGUAGGACCCAACACCCUUCACUCAAUGCAGACUGUUCUAGACGCCAUUGGUGCCAAGAUCAAGAGAUCAUCUUUCUCUCAAGAUCAUGGCCGAAAUUACGAAUUCCAAGUCUCUUUCAAUGAUCGAAUAGGAAACGAUUUCAACACCCUCUUUGAGUUCCUCCCACCAAAUCGCCAAUACUUUGUAGCAGCGGUGCCUGGUUCGUUCUACUCACGCCUGUUUCCUCAGAACUCGAUUCACUAUUUCAAUUCUUCCCUGGCGCUACACUGGCUGUCCAGGGCGCCGAGUGGAUUGCUCAACAAGGGAAGGGUGCAUUUACACGGUGGGGGCGCUGAAGCAGUGGCGGCCUAUGAAGGCCAGUUCAGGGCAGACAUGGCUGCCUUCUUAGAGGCCAGGGCGGUGGAGCUGGUGCCGGGAGGACUCCUUGUGAUGCUGUUUGUCUGUCGCCAUGACUGGAUGGAUGCUGAUGCACCACGCCAUGACAUGUGGUUCCCUCACAUAGAGUCCAUCCUUCGAGAAUUGGUGGCUGAGGGAAAGGUUAAGGAAGAGGACCUGGACUCCUUUCAAUUGCCAGUCUAUUCCCCAACAGUUGGAGAAUUCAAAGCGAUGGUGGAGAUGAACGGUUCUUUCUCUAUCCACGUAGCAAAAAUAGUCGAUCAAGGGUGGAGAGCAAAAGUAGGCCAAGGAGUCGAAGAUCACAAAACUGAUGAUCUCCAUGAGAAGGCAAGAGAGUUAAGCCUUGCAGCAAGGGCUGUGUUUCAGGAGAUGGUGGGGAACCACUUUGGUGGGGAUGUUGCAGAAGAUCUCUUUCAGAGGUUCCCAGACACAGCGUAUCAGUUCUUUGUGAAUCAACCAACCGUACCUACUCUGCCACCCACUGCAUUCUUCAUACUGCAGAAGAAUGCCUAACUCUCUCUCUCUCUCUCUCUCUCUCUCUCUCUCUCUCUAUAUAUAUAUAUAUAUAUAUAUAUAUAUAUAUAUAUAUAAUCAUUCACUUGGUUGAUUUAAAGCAAACCAAAUAGAAAAAGUGUUAACUAAUACUAGAUUGGUGGAAAAUAUCUAUCACCAAUUUUUUUUGUUUUUUUUCUUAAUUGUUGUUGUAUUGAAUCAGAGAGCUUUGGUUA